AGAGCACAAAACAUGUGGACGGCCACUCCUCUGUUCGGAUGUGUCAUUGAUCUUUCCUUCCCCCUGCACUUCUCUUUCACCGCCAUGUCGUUCACUGGGAAGUACGAGCUGGAGAGUCAGGAGAACUAUGAGCCGUUCCUUGAAAUAAUCGGAAUUCUCAAUUCCAAGACUGACUUCAAAGUGCAGACAGAAGUGCAUCAGGAUGGGAGUGACUUCACAUGGACUCAAAGCAUCCCAGGCUGGACCUGGUCUAAUAAGUUCACCGUUGGCCAGGAAUGUGAGCUGGUGACAAUGAAGGGCUCCAAAUUCAAGGCCCCCGUCUUUAUGGAAGAUGGGAAGAUUUCCGUACAAUUUCCGCAAUACCACUUCACAGCUGAGAUGGUGAACGAUAAAUUGGUGGGGAAGUGUACCACUCCAGGAGACAAGGGCGUGACCUUCACAAGAGUUAGCAAGAGGAUUUGACGCCACAAGAGCUAACAUGCUUGAAAGAGAAUCAGGCUGCAGACGAAUGGAAGAUGGCGGCUUGUUCCUACCACUGCAAGAAGGACAACACAAAACAUCUAUUUUGUGUAUUGUGUGUGUGUGUCACUUUCAGUCUACAGUGCUCCAGCUGCCAGUGCUCAUGGUGGAGCAACCAUAAACACUUUUACAAAUCUAA